AUGGAUUAUCCUCAGUUCUGUCUACCAGAAACUUUUAAGGUUACUUAUAGAAAAGUUGGCCAGUACAGAAGAUUCCAGCAACCCAGAAAGAAAAAUGGCUCAUUUAAAAGGAAGGGGAUUGAAAGGUGGCAUAGAGCUGUAUCUACAAAUUUGGCAACUCAAGAUGUAUUAUUUCCCAAUGAUGAAUCAUCUAAUGAGAGCAACAAAGGAUUCCAUGAAAGUCAGCAAAAUGAGAAGAAAAGCUUGACGAGAAAAGUGAAGACUGUAUUGAGGAAGAUGCUCUCCUGCAAGAAUCGAAGCAGACCUGCAAGUGUCCAUGGAAAGAGCUCCGAAGACCAUAAAAAGACCAUCUUGUCAAAUUCACAGAGCCUUUUUCCCAGAAUUGUCAAAGAGCUUCCAUCUCCUAAAUUAUUUAACAAAACCAAAAUAAGAAAGCACUCAGAGAAUGCGACUAUACAACUUGAUGUUGUGGAAGCAGAGACAGAGGAGAUAACCCAAGAAAAUACACUUCUCCGAGCCAGGAGAACCACCAAGCGACUGUCUGUGACAUCUCUGCCUUCAGGACUGCAAAAGGUUCCAUAUUCAUCAAAAAAGAGAUCACACUUUCCAGCACUUAAAAAAAAGAAGCGUAACAUGGAAAAGAUUCUCCGAAAAUCAGAUUUGAAUGUAGGAAAGCUUCAAAUGCAGGUAGAUGACCUCAUAGAAACAGUGGCUGAUAAGUCCAUGAAGUUACUGGCCCAAAGACAUGCUGAGCUUCAACAGUGUGAGUUUCUAGGGGAUGAAAUUCUUCAGUCUUCUAAACAGUUUCAGAGGAUCUCCAAGAGAACUAUGAGGAAGUAUAAAUUGAAAAAUGUGUGCUUCCCAUGUACUUGCUGCUGCUUCUGA